GUACUCUGGUUAUUGCGCUUGGAGAGGUGUCUUAGAUUUCUCAGGGGAUGAGAACUCGGAAACUGUUACUGGAAUUAAGAGAGUGUAUCCGGAACUUGGAAAAUGUUUGUAUUUUGAUCUCGGUGAACAGACUCAUACCGUGUUUUACGAGCUUUGUAACAAGAAACUCAACUGGAUUUGGUAUGUCAAUCAGCCAGAGCCUGACCUGAAAGGAAACUCUGUUACACUAAAACUGAGCCAAGAAAUGAUCAAUAAGAUGCAUCAAGAAGCAGAAACCAUCUGGAUCCCCGAGCUGGCGAGACUCAUGAGAGAAACAAAGGAUCCUUUCCUUAAUGUUAUUUACGACUGUGACCCUUUAGAACGAAUCUUCUGGGGAAACACCGUGCUGGUUGGGGACGCGGCUCAUCCCACGACUCCUCAUGGUGUAAGAAGCACAAACAUGUCAGUUCUUGAUGCGGAAGUGCUAGGCAAAUGCUUGGAGAAAUGUGGACGUAAUAAUCUAAGCUUGGGUCUAGAUGAAUAUCAGAGAACAAGAUUGCCUGUUGUUUCUGAGCAAGUUUUGUACGCAAGGCGUUUGGGGCGUAUCAAGCAAGGUCUGGAUCAUGAUGGAAUCGGUGGUGGCGGUUUUUCUUUGGAGCAGAGAAAUAUGCCAUUUUUUUCUUGUGCUCCCCUUGUCUAGUGAUGAAUAUAUUUGAUGUGAGAGAUCUUGUGUGUGUAUGUUAUAGUGAUUGUGUGUAUAAUAAUAAUAGACAUGACCAUAACAUUGUGAACGUCAAUGUAGAAACUAUUAAUAGCUUUAUAAAACUGAUGAAAAAAUAAAAGCA